AUGCCUAGCGAUUACGCUGGACAACAGCCACUGGCAAGAGGCCACUCCCGAAACCGCUCCCAAGCUGCGAAAGGCAGUACGGAUUCGACAAACUCAGUCCACAACAAGGAUAAAAACACCAAAUCACCUUCCCAGAAAGCAAUGCUAUCAAGAGCUCUCCAGCGAGCCAAUACGGCAGUUCAACUUGAUAACGCUCAAAACUUUGAAGGGGCGCGCCAAUCGUAUGCCGAGGCCUGCGACCUGCUGUCGCAGGUCUUGUCACGAACCACAACAGACGAGGAUAAGCGCAAGCUGGAAGCUAUCAUUGGACCAGCCCAAAGCUCAGAGGGCAAGGAGCUUCCAGCACGCCCCGAAAGCUUAGAAUUAUAUUCUGGGCCAACCUCCCGCUCCACUGACGAUGAGCUUGAGGACUACGACAAUGUUAGGGGGGUUGAAAACUACACCGCUGCCGGCAGCGACAAAGAACGAGGUGGAAGCUUGUCGUUCGACUCAGACAUAGAUUCCAAUCACUACCGCCCUCACAUCAGGGGUAGCAGCCGGAGUCAUGGUAACCAUCGGGGUAGUCUCAGCAAAGAUCCAGUUUCCGGCCCUCCACGGAGGGGUGGGGGUCAAUAUCCGCUGCAGUCAUCCUUCUCCAGGUCCGAUACUCACGUCCUCUUUCAAACACCUGAAGACGACUUCUCAGUGCCGCCACCGCUUUCACCGCGGCGCUCGGAUUCACCCGGACAAGCCCAGAGGCCCUUCAGCCCUGACGCGGCUGUGAGGGCAGACUUCUCUAUGCCGACCGCACUAGAAGAUGCAUCUACAGUCAACAAGCGGCCUUCUAGUAGAGAAUCUAACUCAUGGUUAGAUCCUAUCGAUGAAUCAAGCGGCUCUACGGCAUCAUCUGUGCAUUCCCGGACGUCCUCGCGUGGUUUACGGAGAAAGCAUAUACGUGCCCCUAGUGGUGCCACAGAAGCUGAAUUCGAUGCUGCGUUAGACGCUGCAGUUGAAGCAGCUUACAAUGAUGGCUAUGAACCGGCUGACCACUCGGGCUUCGAGGGUAGCAGUGACGACGAGCUUGCCUCCAACCCCGUAGGGAGGAGCGAGCCAACUCAGCAAACAGUUCAAGAUUCGCAAGAUGAAGGGCAUGAAAUUAGUCUCUCAAAACAGAGACAGGAUUCUGAUACCAUGCGCCGCGAUUUUUACGAGGAUGACUCUUCUGAAGAUGAAGACCGCAUUCUGGCCGAAAUAACCCACGCUCUAGCCACUGAAGACUUGGCGAAUGCUAUCGAUGUAGGGGCGGUCCCACAAGAAUCACCCCAAGGUCACUUCACCGAUUACUCCUGGCAGUCCACCUACGGACCCCCCCCCCUCCCUCACGUCACAGAUAUCAGCACCACCCAUAUGGCGGCAUCUGAACCACGCGCACCCCCGCCAACGCAAUCUCUACCCCAACCACCCAUUAAGAUAGGCUCGUCUCUAUCCCGCGGACCAUCUCCAGUAUCUGGGCAGACUGUGAGAAGCCGUCGACUUUCUGGUCAGAACCUGAAGCAACUCAAAAUUGAGACCGGAAAGGCGAGUAAUUACGGCGUUGCAACUCAUACCGCCGAGACUCUCCAACCACGUACAAUCGACGCCGCGGAAGAGGACGACAUUUCACCCCGUGGUGUUGCUCCUGAUGCAGGCAUCUCAAGCCAAGGGUCCUCCAUUGGCAGUGAGAUCAGUCCCUCACAGCCAUUGCCUCCGAUGCCAACUCAACUUGCUUCCGCAGAAAGCGGUGAUGGCGAUGCCAUGGACAGCCGUGCUAAUUCACCUGUCAUCUUCCCGCCCGCAUUGAGAAAAAAAUACUCCUCAUCAAGUCUGAGGAGCUUGCGAAGCCGGAACAUGUCGACCUCCAACCUAGAUGAUACUUCAGACAUGUCUCCAGGUACACCCUUGAGCAAUGGCUUUGCCCCGCAUAUCAGGGGACCGGCCAUGCCAGCAAUUGCGACCCCACUUACGGCUGCGUUUAGGGAUAGGAUGAACUUGGCAGGAGGACUUCACCUAUUCGACGACAGUUUUCACGGCCCACAAAGCCCUGUAUCGCCAGGGCUAGCAAGCCCAGAUGCUCCAGUAUCUCUUGAGCCCUGCCCAACAGAUUAUUUGCUUCGGCCGUUCUGGUUGAUGAGAUGUCUUUAUCAGACACUUGUACACCCUCGCGGCGGUUACCUGAGCAACAAGCUUUUCGUGCCUCGAGACGCGUGGAAAGUCAGAGGCGUCAAGAUCCGGGGUGUCGACGACAAAAUAGCAAUCUGUGACUAUCUUACUGCAGCGCUCCUCAAACUUGCAAGGGUAGAUACCUGCGACGCUGACGCCGUUUUGGAGGAGAUGCAGGCACUUGAAGGUAUUCUCGAACAUGUGCAAGCGAACCUAACGCGCAAACUUGGCAUGGAAGUCGGCGUGCAAAACUCUGGCACUCUGUUUCGUGAUGCCUCAAAUUCUGCAGAAAUUGAAGCAGCGAUCAACGUGCCGCGGUCUGGUAGUGUCUCUGGCAAAUCCUCGUCUUUUUCAUGGCGGCGCCUCCGAUCCAAGAACUCGGCCGCAGGUCUGAGCAGUAGUUAUGGCAAAAACAAUACUGGAGACAAUGGUAAGGAGUCACCUUCACUGGAAACUCUGCCAAUGACUGCGCAUCCCACGAGCCGUCCGGCCAAGCGUGAUAUGAGCAGUGUUGAGUUUUCUGGACCCAACGCCCCAUACAUGGGAUCAUUGGCACGGUUGUUCGAUGCUGCACAAGCCAUAGACCAGAUUGCUCGACAGGUGGAAGACCCCGGACUUCGUCAUGCCGAUAAAACCCAGGUAGGCCUUGAGCUCUGCACUCGCCAUGCUGCUGAGUUUUUCGGCUUCUACAUCUGCCGCUUCGUGAUGAACGAUGUCAGCACUCUUCUCGAUAAGUAUGUCAAGAGGGGAAGUGAGUGGGUGAUGGCGUAGGAUGUUCUCGGACUCGAUGAGUAUAGCAGUUGAAAUUGUGCGAAUAGGAUAAGUUUUCUCCAUCUGCAGGGCCAGCAUGUCAGCAAACACAGCAGUUGCCCUUGUC